AUGCAUAUUUCCAAACAGCCUAUUGCCUUGCUCCCUCAGACCUAUGAAGGUCCCCCUUCCACCGCAGAAAGACCUAGUGCUCACCAAGCGGAACCUGGCAUCAAUGGAGAGCUCAUCACCAAUAACGAGCCCCCGCGACGCCGGCUCAUCAACCGCUAUUGGAAAGUUGUAUUCAUCGUGACAAUACUUCUCUUCAUAUUCGCCCCUACACGUCCUGCUAGCCCAGAAAAGCUCGAUGAGGAUAUCCUGCUCCAAAUGGCCCGUCGCAUGAACAACCUUGCCGUUCCAUGCCCCAAGGAUCUACCACUAGAUAUCCAAGACAAUCCCCCUCCUAAUCAACAGACCGUGACGACCCUUUCCGAGUUCGAGAAGCUACCUAAGGAGUAUUUGCGACAAGGUCACGGACUAUACUGCCGUCUGAUGAACCCGGAGUUCCCCUGGCCCAGCGACUUUCGUUACAUCUACGCAUUGCCCGAGGACAUUGUUAGAUACCUCAUAGUCGAAACCAAUACGUCGAUGCUUGAUGAACCUAUCGUUGCUCCAAUCUUUGAGCGCAGUAGACGGAUCGGGCUGGUUGAAAAGGAAAGGAGGCGAAGAUUGGCGAGGAUCAUUGAACAAAAGAUUGAGGAAUUGUAUAUCCAGAAGGGAAUUGGCUCGAUACACAAAUAA